AUGGGCGUCGUCAAGGAAAUGGCGCCUGUGGCGCUCUGCGUGCUAGGUGUCAUGUUCCUCGUCGGGAUGGCUGACAUGAGCGGUCUCCCCGGCUGCGGAAGACCGACGAGGAUGGAUCUCCAUGAGCUCGCGGCCCAGGUGCGCACCACCCUCGUGGGCACCGCCUCCUCGGCCGCCGGGAUACUCAUCUGGGUCGGCAAGGUGGCCGACGACCUGAGCGCCGCUGGGUGGGACUGGGAGAUGCGCGCCAUAUUCAUCGUCGGCGUCAACCUCUCCCUCGCCUCGUCGUUCCUCGCCCUCUCCGCCCUCGUCUUGGAGCUCUCCUGCGACCCCGUCGUCAACUACUGCAUCGCGGCGGGGCUCAUCGGCGUGCAUCUCGUAGCCGCGUGGGCAGUCCGUGGUCGUCUCCGGGCAGUGAGGCUCCGUCGAGCUACCUAG